AUGGAGAACUGUGAGGGUUCCUCUAUCUCCAUCUUAAUGCCAGUAACGUGCUGAGAGCUUGGGUUUGUCCUCCUGGGAUGGAGGGAGAGGGCCAGGUUACUGAGUUGGAGAUGCAGUUUGUUAUUCAACCCUGUCCAGGUCAGAGCUCAGACAUGGACGACUCGGGAUCUUCCUACCUGGCCUUCAAUGAUUUUAACAGCAAUGGCGGCUCGUUGUGGGCGGAGUCAUUGGCCCAGCAGGAGCGUCAGGAGGUGGAGAGCUUCAGAAGGAAACUCAAAUACUUCUUCAUGAACCCCUGUGAGAAGUAUCGAGCCCGAAGCAGGAAGCCGUGGAAGCUGAUGCUGCAGAUCAUCAAGAUCGCCGUCAUCACCAUCCAGCUGGUGUCUUUCGGCCUGAGUAACCAGAUGGUGGUGACGUUCAAGGAGGAAAACCUCAUGACCUUCAAGCACCUGUUUCUGAAGGACUACGAAAAUCACAACGCCAAAGCGUACGCCGUGUACACUCAAAACGAAGUCUACACACACCUCUCCUACAUUGUACAGCAGUUCCUGCGUUUGCAGAACAUAACGGUUGGGAACCACGCGUACGAGAAGGACGGUCAUCACAUGAUUCAUUUCCUGUAUAUUAAUACAUCGACUGUAGUGUUGAUGACCAUUUAUUUAUUUAUUUAUUUUUACCCAGAAUGCCUUGAGAUUUACCCCAAUGCUCCGCCCCAAUCCACGGCACAGGACACACACCUGUCCAACUUCACACUGCAGUUCAAAAGGUUGCUGGAGGUGAACGUAUACUUCACUCUGAAGGCCAUUAACCUGCAGACGGUGCAGCAUCACGAGCUUCCUGACUGCUAUGACUUUAGCAUAAUGAUCACCUUCAACAACCGCGCCCACAGCGGCCGGAUUCGCGUGGACCUGGACAACGACGUGGACAUCAACGAGUGCCGAGACUGGAAAGUCACAGGAGCCUCCCCAAAGAACAUCUACUACACGGUCCUGUUCGAUGUGGUGAUCAUCCUCACGUGUCUGGCGUCGCUGAUCCUCUGCACGCGCUCCGUCAGCACCGGAGUCCAGCUGCAGUUUGAGUACACCACCUUCUUCCUGAAGCAUUAUGGGAAGCAAGUGUGUUGGUCGGACCGGAUGGAGUUCAUAAACGGAUGGUACAUCCUCAUCAUCAUUAGCGACGUCCUCACCAUCACCGGCUCGGUCCUCAAAAUCGCCAUCCAGGUCAAGGCUUUGACGAGUUACGACAUCUGCAGCAUCCUCCUGGGCACGGGCACCAUGCUGGUGUGGAUCGGUGUCCUGCGCUACAUGGGCUACUUCAAGAAAUACAACAUCCUGAUCAUCACGCUCAGAGCGGCGUUCCCCAACGUCAUCCGCUUCAGCUGCUGCGCCGCCAUGAUCUACCUCGGCUACUGCUUCUGCGGCUGGAUCGUGCUCGGACCCUACCACGAGAAGUUUCGGUCCCUGAACACCGUGUCCGAGUGCCUGUUCUCUCUGAUCAACGGAGACGACAUGUUCGCCACCUUCAAGAACAUGCAGCAGAAGAGUUACCUGGUUUGGUUGUUUAGUCGCGGUUACCUUUACACCUUCGUCUCGCUCUUCAUCUACAUGGUGCUCAGCCUUUUCAUCACCCUCAUCACCGACACCUAUGAGACCAUCAAGCAGCAGCAGUCAGACGGAAAUCCUGUGUCCGAGCUACAGACCUUUAUAUCCGAGUGUAAAGAUCAUCCGAACUCGGGCUGUUACCGCGUGGAGGAACGUCCGUCUCCCUGCUUCUUCUGCUGCACUCGAAGGGUCAGUGACCUGCAUGAGAGACUGCAGUGUUGAACGCAGGGAUGAAGAUGAGGAUGAGAAGGAGAACAUCGCCCCCUAAACAUCUCCUCAUUUACACGUUCAUGUGAUUAGAUAUAAUGUGUAAUAUAAAUGUCAGAAGGUCAGACAGAAUGUGUUCUAAAGCACUUUAAGGCUGUGAAUGUUUCAGUGAUGCACAAAAAUAUAAAUAAAUGUUUGUUCCAUUGUAAA